GUUGCAGUAACGGACAGAAGCAGAAGCAGCAGAGGGUGCUAUGCUGCUGCACUGAACCCAACCGAUAGACACAGAAGAAGUGAAAGCGGAGAGGAGAAAGAAGGAUAUGGAAGCAGCGUCAGAGUUAGACCAAGGUAUGAAGGUGUUGGAUUCGUGUUUAGCGAAUAUCAAUUGGCGCCUCAAACCUUCUUCCAAGCGUCGCUUACAAUUAGAUGUUCUCGCUCUCAUUACAAGAAUGAGAGCGGUUGUAAUGGUAGACUACGGUGGAAUCAUGCCUCAGCUCCAGCACCACCUCUCUUCCCUCCUCCAACUCGCACUAAGGGAUUCCCCCUCUAUUUUCGAGCACAUACGAGUUAUGGUUAUACAAGACAUGAUUUACUUAAUACACAUAACCGAAAUUGCGCACUUUGUCAGAUCAAGCUUCAACUCUCAACAACAUCCGUUGCUCUUUGUUGACCUUGAACAUCAACCCCCUAAGAUGAUAACACAAAUUGAGGAAAGCCAAUUAGCAAUGCAGCUAGUAUCCAUUCAGAGGUUGUUUUUGACAGUAUUCUCACCCGAGGAACCUAAAUCUGCGGAUGAUCCUAAAGCCAACGCCAACGCCAACGCCGCGUGCCAGAGCUCUUCCUCUCCUUCUGCUCACUGCAUUGAUCUCAGUAACUGCAUGGACAACACUGACAUCACUGUGCCAACCUUGAAUGGAUGGCUUCUAGGCUACCCGGUGGUGUAUCUCUUUGGCAAGGACCAUAUUUCUGAUGCCAUUUAUCAUCUUUCGACCAAAUAUCUUCAUAUUUUUCAAGUGUUUGUCUGCAGGAACAGUACUCUCAAGAAAGGGACUCAAGCUGAAGAGCUGUUAAGUUUUUCAGUGCCUUACGAUCUAAGCAUGAGAGGGAGUAAUGAACAAUGGGCAGAGGCUUUUCUGGCUCACAUGCAGGCAAAGUGGGAAAGGUGUGCAAGUGCUUGGAAGUCGUUAAAGAUGGAGGUUAGUGAAUGUCAUCCUCAAGCUAUCGUGUUAUAAAUCUCCCCUCUUCUAGGUUCUACCUGUCAGAAUAGAGCUGAAUCCCACCAAGUACAGGGCGUACUUUAAAGAAUAGAAUGUAUGUAAAUUAAUUCAAAUAUAUUCCUUAGUUGGAGAAUAGAUCAUACUACAUUGCAGCUUGCUUGCCACAUGGAUUAUAUAAUAAAGUUGGGUAGUUACAUGGAGUUUCGAACCAAAAUGAACUUAUGUUUGGCAUUUCGUUCAAGAAGACGCACUAAUUUAUAGUA